CCGCCCGCGGCCGCCAUCUUGUGGGAGGGCAGAGGCGAAGGGCAGAGUGCGGUCGGGACGGCGGUGGCGGUGGCCCAGGACAAGCAGCCAUGGCUGGCCAUGACUCGGGAUCUCAACACCAGUUCACUGGAUUUCAGAAGUACUUCAAUUCCCAUACCAUGAUAGGCAGGAGGAAUUAUGUAAUAGCAACGUACACAAGUGUUGCACUCCUUAUCUUGUAUUUCAAGUUUAGGCCUAAGAAGCAAGCUCCUGCUGUGACAGAUAAGUGUGACAGCUAGUGACAAUGGCUGAUGUUCCAAGUGACAAGUUCCUGGCAUGUCUGAACCCCCAGUCUGUGUCAGUGUAAUGCAGGCUGAUGACCUGUUGUGGCUAAUAAAAUAUCAAUAAUUACUUGUUUUAUUGGAAAUAUGAAAUGGUCCAAAAAAGCCAGAGUGUGGUACUUCUCAUUUUUCCUCCUUUGUCAAAAAUAGUUGCUUGUAGCAGAGAUGGAGCAUCUGAUUGUGUCAUUGUUGUCUUAACUCUGCUGCUGUUGUAACACAUCCUGAGGAGUUCUGAGCACCAGGCAGGACCUCAGGGCCAUUACAGUGCACAGGGCCUGGAGCUGAUCCAAGCAUCUCCACACAUCUGUGUCACAGCUUGCAUGGUUUGCAGCCAUCUGGUUGCUCCCACUUUUUGCAUUCCAAGCUAGUAGCUUACAUGGAAACUGUGACAUCUUCUGCCUCAGUUGUCUGUAUUUUGCACAGAACCUCUUUGGUUUUGAUGGAAAACCUCUGAAAUAGGCUGACCCAGUUAUGGUAUUUAAACUUUUUCUGUUACUGGUUUCUCUUGCAGAGGGAAGAAAGAAAAUAGCUUAGUCUAGUAAUGUUAAGCUCCUGUAACUCUCCACAUUCAUAAAGAGUGACCCAAAUAGUCCAGUGAUUCCUUUCCCUGUCUCUUGUGAAAGGAGAUGCUCUACCACAGGUACAGCCUCCUCCCUGCCCAACACUCAGAUGUGUCUGGUGCAUUCUCCACAGUGUCUUUCUAUAGCUCAGUUAACACUUGAUACCUUCCUUAGAUGUCACAGUCGUGCUGAUGUGGGAAUGUGCCAGCAGCAGGGGUUGAACGAUGCUAAAGCUUGCAAAUAGUUUACUUCCCAAACUGAGGGCAGCAGGAGGUAGGAAUGAUUGCUGGAAAAAUGGAAACAUUAAUUACAGGGUCUUGAUGCUCUCCCUACUUCAUUUUUUCUUAAAGCCAUUUUUCUACAUGCUGUGUCUGCUGAACAAAUCUGGUCAUCUUUUCCUCCUGAGUGUUUGCAGAGAUGGCUUCAGCUGUAUUUAAUUCCCCCCCCUAAAGAAUGGUGGCUGUUAAGAGUGUAAUGAUGGCAGGAGCUAGAAUCUGUAGUCUUCCUUUAGAACAAGAUUUAUUUGGAAUGGCUACUCAUCAACUUAAACAUUUCUGAUUACUUUGUUUCUCUUAGCAAAGUUGUCACAGUUACAAACUGCUCUUGCUUCCAUUCCAGCCAUGAAGGGAAGUAAAUAUCUUCUUGUAAUAUAUAGACACAAACUAAAUGGUUUUAGUAUUUAUUAUUAUAUCAAAAGUAUAAAACUGUACAAAAUACAAAGGCAGAAUGUGGCAGUGUUUUCUUCAGGCUGUCAAAAAUUGUACUUAAAUCUAACUGGACACAUUGAGAGCUAGGAAAUUUUGUUGAGGUAUCAUUACACACACAAAAAAAAUCAAAAUAAUUACGUUUUACCCUUUUUUCUUUGAAGAAAAUGUCUAGGAGAGCUUCCUAGUGAAUUUUCCACACUUUAUUUUCAUGUAUAAUGCCUGUAGGAGCAAACAAGAGAUGAAAGAGGAGGUAGUUCUCCAUUUAGUUUACGUUAGAAAUGACAGGUCUUGUUUUCAUUUUCACUAGAGAGCCAGUAGAUUGUUCAAGUGUCCAAGUCCUUACUGUGAAGUAAUGAGGAACACAAAACCGAUUUCUCUGCACAAAUCUUGAAAGAGAUUAACAACCAAAACCAACCCAAACCCAAGCCACGUUGGACCUGGCCUUUGGUGAUGGAGGUUUUGGUUCAAAGACACAGACAUUCUUCCCAAUGUUCUGCAUGUUUUACUCUUCUUUAAAAAUAAAACACAACUUUAUUAGUUAGUCCAGGAGGACUCACUGGGUACAAUCUUUUUGUGGAUAGGAAUUGUCACUCAGCAGACAAGCUGGCCUUUCAAGAGCGAACUGACCACACAUUUAUCCUUUCCUGCUGCUAUAAUGUUUCAAUUUCUUGGCCAAUUUUACUGGGUUUUUUUAUAUUAAACCUUAUGCAGAAAGGAUACAGGUUAUUAAUGUUCUUUUACAGCUAACACAAAGUAAAGGGUUUAAGUCCACUUUUUUUAAUAGUGACUAUUUCAGUUGUGCGUCAGUUCCCCUUUUUUAUUUUCUCAUACAAUAAUGUAUGAAAGUAAAUAAAGUU